GCUCACUUUCACUCCAUGACAACUGCAUAUUCCGUCGGCGCUCGCGUCUUUCUUGAAGACCCAGAACAUGGCUGGAUUCCCGCAGAAAUAUCGAGCUGCAAAGCGUCGGCCGAUGGCUUGACGCUCGUCGUCACUAACGAGGGUGGCCAACAAACAACAGUAACUGGAAACGCCUCGACCUUGCCUCCUUUGCGCAAUCCUCCCCUACUCGAAGCGGCAGACGAUUUGGCAACGCUUUCUAUUCUGAACGAGCCUUCCAUUCUUCAUGGGGUGCAGUCCCGGUACACGGAACGAAAAAUUUAUACCUUCAGCGGGUCGGUGCUUCUUGCGGUCAAUCCUUUCGAACCAGUCCCGUUGUAUACCCCAGAAAUUGUCAAGAGCUAUAUUGGGCGAAGAAGAGGAGAACUGGAGCCGCAUCUCUUUGCGAUUGCAGAAGAUGCGUUCGCAGCAAUGUCGUUGGAUGGGCAUGGGCAAACAAUCAUAGUGUCCGGAGAGAGUGGAGCAGGGAAGACCGAGUCUGCCAAACUCGUCAUGCGGUACAUUGCCGCACCAAAGACACCAACUCUGAAUCUUGACAAGAACUCAUUCAUAGAGGGAGCGAGUCUAGUGGAGCAACAGAUUCAAGCAACGAAUCCCAUUUUGGAGGCAUUUGGAAACGCCAAAACCACGCGCAACGAUAAUUCCUCCCGCUUUGGGAAGUAUAUCCAGCUUCUAUUUGAUACCAACCGACACAUUGUCGGCGCUCGUGUUCGCACCUACUUGUUAGAACGCUCUCGGUUGACAUAUCAGGCGCAAACGGAACGAAAUUACCACAUAUUUUACCAGAUAUGUGCUGGUUUGCGUUCCGAAACUCUUGAGGAGCUCGGUUUGGAAGCGGACUACAGUAAAUUCCACUACCUCAACCAAGGCGGGUUUUCGACAGUGGACGAAAGCGAUCGUGACAAGUUUCAUGCAAUGCAGACCGCCCUCCGGAUUAUUGGGAUAGAUGAAGACCGACAGCAAUCGAUAUUCCAACUCUUGGCAGCACUCUUACAUCUCGGCGACAUUAAUGUCACUCAGACGCGUUCAGAUGCUGCUAUUGAAGAAGACGACCCUUCUAUGGCGCGAGCGAUGGAGUUUCUGGGCGUCGAUCCUGUCAACUUUAGGAAAUGGACCGUGAAGAAGCAAAUAACAACUCGGUCAGAGAAGAUCGUGACCAACUUGACUGCACCUCAGGCUGUGCAAGUGCGCGACAGCAUAACUCGUUUCGUCUACGCUUGUCUGUUUGAAUGGCUGGUGUUUUCUAUCAACGAGAGCUUAGCAGGGCGUUAUGGUGAUGCGGCGACUCGUGCAGAGACAUAUAUCGGAGUUUUGGAUAUAUAUGGAUUCGAACAUUUUGACAAGAACUCCUUUGAACAGUUCUGCAUCAACUACGCCAACGAGAAGCUCCAACAUGAGUUCAACACCUACGUCUUUAAACUGUCUCAGGACGAAUACAAGGCAGAAAAAAUCAGUUGGACGUUGAUCGAAUUCGAGGAUAACCAGUCGGCCAUUGACCUGAUGGAAGGCAAAAUUGGCAUUUUAUCGUUGCUAGACGAGGAAUCGAGGCUACCACUAGGAACCGAUGCUUCCUUCUUGCAAAAACUCAAUGCUCAACUGGACAAACCAGCGAAUAAAGCCGUCUACAAAAUGCCUAAAUUCGCCAACUCUGCGUUCACCGUCGCCCACUACGCAUUGGAUGUCACAUACCAGGUUGAUGGUUUCCUUGAAAAGAACCGCGACACUGUUCCCGAAGAGCAUCUUGCGCUGCUCACCUCCUCGAGUAAUCCAUUCCUACGAGAAGUCCUUGACGUCGCUCUGCAACACCGUGAAGGUGGUGACGAAACCCAUGCGGCUGAUAGUUCGAUUUCGAAGAUUCCGGACCCUGGUAGAACCUCGUUGGUCGCAACCACUGCUCGCAGUACCGCAGUCAAGAAGCCGACGCUAGGAUCGAUCUUCAAAAGCUCAUUGGGAACCUUGAUGGAAAUGCUUCGGAUGACCCAAGUCCACUACAUUCGUUGUAUCAAGCCAAAUCAACACAAGAAGGCUUGGGAGUUCAGCUCGUUACUCGUUCUUGCACAACUUCGUGCAUCUGGCGUCCUCGAGACAAUAAGAAUCAGCACAGCAGGCUAUCCGUCACGCUGGAAGUUUGAGGACUUUGCGCGGAGGUACCAUAUGCUCAUCAACUGGCGCGAGGGACCUUCCCUCAUCAAGCGAGAGCAAUACAAGCGUAUCUGCGUACUUGUGCUUCUCAAAGCCAAGGUCGACAAGUCUCAGCAUCAAUUUGGCGAGACCAAGCUUUUCCUGCGGACAGGUGUUCUAGCAAAUAUUGAGACGUCGCGAUCAGACAAGCUGAACGCUGUCCAAUUCUUCCAAACAAAUUUCCGAAGGAUAAUCGUGCUGCGACGACUGGCUUCAUUCCGAUCCACCGUUGUGGCUAUCCAAUCUCGUUGGCGAGGUGCGGUUGCUCGUCGUCAAUUUCGCGCUGUCAAAGAAAAGGCGAGACAGGAGGCUGAAGCAGCAAAAGCAAGGAAAGCGGCGAAGGAAAAGGCGGAGAGGGAAGCAAGACGAAAGGCUCGUGAAGCGGGUCGUAAAACUCCCGUCUCGAAUGGGACCUCGACACCCGAAAAUGGUAGUCCCGGAAAAAUACGACGCAUGUUCUCGUUUGGAAGCAAAGAAAGGUCUUCGCUGACUGUUCCGGACAUUUCAACUCCAGAAACUGGUGCUCCUGUUGGUCGGCGACCCAGCCGUCUUGAAGCUGCUGCGAAGCGACUUUCGAGACGAUCCUGGUACGAAGACACAACGCCCGCACCAGCUGUCUCGACGCCAUCAAAUCGAGCGCUGUCACCCAGUCCAAACAACUUUACGACCCCAAUCUACGACCAGUUCAUGAAAAAGCGGCCACCGUGGAACUCGAGCACGAAUAUAUCGCGCUGA